GGUAAUGUGACGUAUUCCAAUCGGGGCAAGACCGCAAUACCUUCGGCAGCAUCUAUUGAUGUUACGGCAUCAUGAUGUCUUCCCUGCAACCAUGACUGACCAAUUUUGAACCAUGGUGCUCAACAAAACGACAAUAGCUCUCUGCCGGACCUGUAGCUGCGUUCUCUCCGUUAUCCGGCCUUCGAACUCGAUAACGACAUCAUGCAGGCCGCAUGAGCGCGGGAGCAAUGGACCCUGCAUGCGCCGCUCCCGACAACGUCGCUCGUACGCUUCGAUCCAUGACGGCAAAGGUGGGGGUGGUCAGAGCGAAACGGGCGAGGCCGGCGAUCAGACGAGGUGGCCGACGUCCGCAAACCCUACCCCAUACGAAAUCCUCGGCAUUGCGCGCGAUGCCCCGUACAGCAAAGCUCGGUAUUUCCAGCUUGCGAAAUUAUACCACCCCGAUCGCAGACACCAUACCACCGGUGACGGAAUUCCACAUGGCACGAAGCUCGAGCGUUACCGCCUUGUCGUCGCCGCUCACGAGAUCCUGAGCAACCCACAAAAGAAGCGCAUGUAUGACCUCUACGGCUUUGGGUGGGGUGUCGAGAGCCAGUCUCAAGCCCGCCAUCGCACAGCGGAUCGGAGCUGGCGGCAGGAGCCGGGAAACCCCAGCAUGAAUGCAACGUGGGAGGACUGGGAGCGGUGGCACCAGCAACGGAAUGGCAGCGGCGAGAAGCAGGAACACAUAUUCACGUCGAACCUCGCCUUCAUGGCCAUCGUCUCGGUCUUCUUGAUCAUAGGCACCUGGAGCCAGAUGACAAGAGCAGGCACGAACUCGGUCAGUCUGAUCGAGAUGCGGGACCAGCACCAUGCUGCUAUCAGCAAAGAAUUGCGGCAGCGCCAGAGCCAGAGGGCAAGGCUGGACCGGGAGGGCAGGGUUGAGAACUUCCUCCGACAACGAGAGCUUGACAGGUGGGCAUACGAUCCGCCAGGGCAUGGCCCUCAAGCGCCAACGAGCGACAGCGGGACUUCAGAAAGGUCACAGCGAUAAAACAGCGAGAUGGUCACCACAUUUACUGAGUGCUGCAAAGCAGCACGGUUUGCAGGCAAAGCCUACGGCAAUACGCGCAGAGUGGAGUUCCAGGCUCCAAUG